AUGGCUCCAAUCGCCCUCGAGCAAGCCCCCCUGGACAAGGUCCCCAUCAAAUCAUGGACCCGCCCUGCACCAACUAAAGAGAACCUCGACUGGGCACCGCUAGUCGAAAUCGAUCUAUCUCGCUUCGACGAGCCUGGCGGCAAACAAGAACUCGCCAAGCAACUCUACGACGCUGUGACCCGCGUGGGAUUCUGGGUCGUCGUUGGACACGGAAUAUCCGACGAGCGUGUCCUGCCGGAGCUUCCCUGCAACUUUGCCGAAGGCGAGUAUUUCGGAUACCGUGAGAAUUCCCGCUGGAUCGGCGAUACGGGCGUGAAGGAGAAUAUUGAGAUGCUUAACAUCCCUAAGGAUAUCCCCGAAUGGAAAGAUGUCCCCCGGCACCGCAUUGUGAAAGAGAACUACGAUGAAAUCGCUAGCUUCCACCGCGAGUUGUUCGACAAGGUCGCCCGCAAGCUGUUUGCGCUGAUGUCUAUUAUCCUGGAGCUACCGGAAGACUUCCUGGUGAAUGCCCACGCAUACGAUAGAGUCUCAGAUGACCAUCUGCGAUAUAUGAUCUAUAACGUCCGGAGCCAGGAAGAAUGGGAUAAAGCCCAGAACUACUCCAAGGGCGGCCACACCGACUUCGGAAGCCUGACCCUGCUGUUCUCGCAGCAUGUGGCUGGCCUGCAGAUUCAGACUCCACAAGGCGACUGGAAGUACGUUAAGCCUGUAGAUGGCGGCAUUACGUGCAAUGCUGCUGAUACGCUAUCUUUUCUUACAAAGGGUAUGUAUCUAGCCCCUCCCCCCCCCCGAGAGCCUACACACGGAUGGGUUACUAAAGAUGAAACAGGAUUCAUUAAGUCCACCAUCCACCGUGUUGUCACACCCCCAAAAGACCAGCUUGAUAUCGCUCGACUUGGUUUGCUCUACUUCGUCCGCCCCGGAGACCACACCAUCAUGAAGCCCGUCCCGUCGCCGCUGCUAGACCGUCUUGGGCUUCUCACCGAAGAAGACAAGGACACGAGCAAGCCUGCGCCGACCGGCACAGAAUAUGUUCGCGCGCGUGUGCGUGACGUCCAUCACAAAACGGUGAUUGAUCGGCGGGAGGGCACGAACUUCGAGUUCAAGGGUCUGAGUGUGCCGAACUACUAUAAGUAG